CCAUUCCCUUUGCAGACCUGCACAGCCGGCAACGAGCAAUAUAAUAGCAGCUAGCUAGCUGGCAAUAGAGAGCAAUAGCCAUGGCCUCUGCUUCUAAUAAUUUCCUUAUUAGCUUGGUGGUGGUGGUGGCGGCGGCGGCGCUGGCCUCGGGAGCGUCGGCGCAGCUGUCGUCGACCUUCUACGACACGUCGUGCCCCAACGCGCUGUCCACCAUCAGGACGGCGGUGAACGCGGCGGUGGCGCAGGAGGCUCGCAUGGGGGCGUCCCUGCUCAGGCUGCACUUCCACGACUGCUUUGUCCAGGGCUGCGACGCGUCCGUUCUGCUGAAUGACACGAACGGCGGGGAGCAGAACGCGAUUCCGAACGCUGGAUCGCUGAGGGGCUUCGGCGUCAUCGACAACAUCAAGGCGCAGCUGGAGGCUUUGUGCCCGCAGACCGUCUCCUGCGCCGACAUCCUCACCGUCGCCGCCCGCGAUUCCGUCGUCGCGCUCGGCGGGCCUUCAUGGACCGUUCCACUGGGAAGAAGGGACUCUACCAAUUCAAACGCGACCGGGGCAAAUAGCGACCUCCCACCUCCUUCAUUUAACCUCGAUCAACUUAUUAGUUCGUUUGGGAACAAGAACCUCAGCGUAACAGACAUGGUUGCUCUCUCAGGCGCUCACACUAUCGGACAGGCGCGGUGCACGACCUUCCGGGACCAUCUCGGCGAAGCCAACAUCAACUCCACCUUCGCCGCGUCGCUCAGGACCAGCUGCCCGGCGGCACAGUCCACCAGCACCGACAACAACCUGGCGCCGCUGGACGUCACGACGCCCAACACCUUCGACAACGCCUACUACAGCAACCUGCUGUCCCAGAGGGGGCUCCUGCACUCCGACCAGGAGCUCUUCAACAACGGCAGCACCGACAGCAUUGUCCGGAACUUCGCGUCCAACGCAGCCGCCUUCACCAGCGCCUUCGCGACGGCCAUGGUGACGAUGGGGAACCUCCAGCCGCUGACCGGGACCCAGGGCCAGAUCAGGCGCAACUGCUGGAGGGUAAACUCCUAAUAAGCCGAACUUUGGUGGCACCAAGCGUAUACAUAUGCCAAUACGUUGCUACGAGCAUAUACCCGCAUAUGCGAAUAAGGUCGUGCGUGCACCACCACCAUGUUCCAUGAAGUGUAUGGAAUGGAGACAGCCGUGCAUCUCUACAUAUGUAACAAUUUCUCAUGCAAAGGCAUUGAGAGAUUAGUUAAGUAUAUAUACCACUUUGCCUAGUGUUCUAUGGUGCUCCAAUGUUCAUCAUGA